UGGUCUCACAGUCUCACCUCACAGUUGUUUUGUUGGGAAAAAAAUAAACAAUAAUUUUAGCUGGUUGUUGUGCGCGAACCAAAAGUGGAAAUUAUGCGAAUCUUGACAGCGAAUGGGCAACGCGAUGCUGGCAUUGAAAGUGUAGGCGCGUCCUUUUCCGAUUUUCCAUCUUAUCGGCAUUUGUGCACCUGUGUUGGCAUUUCCACCGAUUUUUUCGCCUGUGGAGCUGCAAUGGCGUCCAAGUUGAGAACGAUCAAUUUCGCUAAAUAGAAAGAGCAAUCAAGGAUAAAGAGCGGUGUGUAUAGAGAGAGGAGAGCGAAGAGCAGAGAGCGGUACGUGGGUGCAAGGCGAAAAUAGCGAAAAAGAACCGUUUUACCCGUCAGAGAAGAGUUCAUAAAUGGCGAAUAAGAGUGCGAAAAUGCAAUGAAAAGGGGCAUACUGUGGGUUAUAUAAAAAAUAUAUAAUAUAUUUCAAGUGCCACAAAAUGCAAGCGUUGCAAAAAUCGAAAAUAAAUCAAUGAUAUAGACGCAAAAUCCAGAAAUAGAAGAAGCAGCAGUAGCACAGCUGAGUGCGUGUGUGUGAGCGCUGUUUGCUUGCAAGUGUGUGUGCCUGUGUGUUGUGUGUGCAAGUGAAAUCAAUAUUUGCAGCCAAAAAAAAUAAAUAGAAACUGCAAUAAUGUCAAAAAAUCAAGUAAAGGCAACAAAUUAGCACGGCCAUAAGAUUCGGCUACACUGAGCGAAAAUCGUGCCUUUCAACGGAUCUUCAGCUGCAAAGCGAAGCAAAAAGCAAAAAAUAAUGGAAUUUUAACAAAGUUUUGAAAGUGUACUUCUGGUGCAAGAAGCAGCAGCAGCAGCAAUAGCUACAGGAAUCGGAACCGGAACAAGCUUUAGAUCCAACGGACGACAGGCAACCAACCGACUAUGAUACCCACCAGCGUGACCAAUUCGCCACCGCCAGCGGGAUUGGGCCAAAAUGGAGCAUCUGCAUCCUUGGGCUCGGCAACGGCGGCGGGUGGAGGAGGAAUGUUGUCCGGUUUGGGAAUGAUAGGAAUCAUUGGUAGCGUGUCAACGGGAGCAGGUGCAGUUGCUCAGAACAACUAUAGCUCGGUUGUGCUGGGCUUGGCCUCGCUAAUCCUCGAGGGCAGGCCCAUUGCCGACGAUGAGUAUCAGCAACCGCAGGUGGGAAUUGUCGCAGGAGGAUCCAGUGGUGUUUCAGCGGGAGGACGCCUUUCGCCGCGACCCUCCACCUCCAGAGCAGCUAUUAACAUCACAACGAAUCCCUAUGGUACCAUGGGAGGAUCGGAAAAUAGAGCAGGCAAUGGAAGUGGAUCGGCCGGAUCACCCAGUAGUAGUAGUUCGCUAACCCACCAGCGCUGGACGCAGAAACUCUGCCAACUGCGUCAGAUUUCACCCGCUGCCCAGGCGAUGAGUGCUGAACCGGAGUUGGUUUCUUUGGCCAUCAAUGAUCUCAACAAGGAUCACGGCGACUACGAGAUUGUACGACGGGUUAUGCUCAAUCGAGCUGGUGGAAUGGCUUUGGCUAGCAGUGCCAGUAGUGGUGGUCCGGGCGGUGGUGGUGGUGGUACCAACAACUCCAGUGCCGCCAGUUCACCGGGUUCCAAUUCAUCGGAUAACAUCCUUCACUCACUGCAAUCGCUGGCCACAACCUGUUUGAGAGGUGGACCCGCCUUGGCGCCACCACCUGUGGAGCCACGACCCCUGAGCUUGUCCUUCUUCUGGUCAGGAUCAGGUGGUUCUGGUGGUAGAGGAUUGGGAUUAGGAGCAGCAGCAGCAGCAAGCAUCAGUAACACACCAACAACAACGGUAACUGCCACUGCCAGCAGCGGAGCAAGUAGCUCCGCAUCGCGGCCCAAACAUGGGCCGCACUGUGAUCAGUUCCUCAGGAAGAUGGGUCUGGCCAAGGGCGAGAUGCCAUCGGAGGCUGAGGAGCACAUCUGUGAUAUGUCCUACGUGAAUAUGACCUGCAAUCGUUGGCGGGCGUACUGCAUGAAAAUGGAGGCCAUCUUGGCCAGACGUGAACCCGUAUGCAUCGAGGUUUACCUGGGUCCCGUGAGCCAUAAACUUUUGCUAGAGCAGUGGAUCAUUACCGGCAAGGAGAAAGUUCCGCCGCCUACAAUGACGUUGCCUUCACUGUGCAGCGCCAUUCGGAGUCAGUUGUACUUCUCGCAGAUCGUGGCCUGGUGUGAUCUCCUUCGCAAAUGUGAUCCUUCGGUGUACGACAGUGGUCGUGUAAUCUUCUCCAGCUGCGGAAAUAAUGCCGGAGAUUUGGCCACCACAUAUACACAGUGUGGUGGCCAAAAGAGACCACGUCUUAACAUCUUCUACAGGAUCAAACAGCACACCACCAAUAGCAGUGGACUACACCAGGAGGAUGGCUUCAGUGCCAAGGCCAAUGUGCACAAUUUUCCCAACGUCAAUGUCUCGGAGAGCUAUAGCAUCUCGGUGAGCGUGCGUAGUUUGCCCAGGAUAAAUGGUGGGCUGCCGCAUGUUGAGCCAAUGCCACCUAGUCCAGCUCCGCGCUCUAGCUUAAGAUCCUGCGGAGGAGGAGAUCCGGUCUGCACGCCCACUGGUGGCGGUGGUCUUCAUGCCGCCACACCGACAGGUCUGGGUGCCCGGAUAAGUGCACUAACCCCAACGACAACGGCCAGCGGCUCCAACUGUGAUAAUGGAAAACCAGGAAUGGGACAGGUAUUGGAUGAACUCGACGGGGAUACAAGUUUGAGUCACCGGGAAAGACAGCUACAGAAGUAUCGCAAGCGAAUGCAGCGAAGGGACAAGAAAAGGGAGAGGAAAUCAACACCGGAACGGGAAAAUAAUCCACAACAACAAACCGAGGAACCCAUGGAGGAGGGCGAAGAGUCGCAGUCGCAAUCUCAGACGCUUUCAGAAACGCCAUCCCUAUCCUUGACUAUGCAGCAACCAAGGCGCAUCGCCAUGAUCUCCACGGGCACGCAGACUUCUCUAAGCAGCUGCCAGCAAUGUGGCAGUGAGAAGACUCUACUUUGCCUCAGCUGCACAGGAGGAGGAGGAGCACCUUGUGGAUCAAGAGGAGCAGCCAAUGGUACAUCUGCAAAUGGUGUAGGAAAAGGAGCUGAUGAUGCAGAUGAUAGCGAUACGACAGCCUCUGAAAUGGAGGAUACCUCUACUUGCAGCCUCAGUAGCAGCGAUCUCAUCGUGGGCACACCCCGCAACAAGGCGGAGCUCCUACUUCAGGCCAUCCAGCGAACGCCAAAGAACCGGAAUCGAAAGCCCCAUCAGUCGGUGGAUCAGGCUCCUCUUGGAACCUCCUGCCGCAACUCAGAUCUCAAUGGAGGGCAGAACAAUAAUCUGGUGAAAGCCGCCACGCCAGCCAGCAGUGGCUGUCAGGUGUGCAAACGCCAGAAGACUCAACACAACUUUGCAAAUGGAAAGGUCCAUCAACCCACCAAUGGAGAGCACACGAGCAAUGGUUUUGGUGGCAUGCAUCUGGAGUCGGAGAAACAAACUGAAGUUCAGAUUCCCUCAACCAAGCUGACUCCCAACAUUGAACGCUGUUCCCUCAAUCCCACAGAGCGCUGCAAGACUCCACCACCCGUAGUGGCAGACCACAUAGUGGUGCAGUUCAAGACGCCGCUGAGCCAAGUGCCGGCAAAGCAUCAACCAGAUGCGAUGGUGCCACUGCAGCAGCAACAACAUUUGGGCAAAUCCUCACCAAAGCCAAGUCAGCUAAGAUUAAAUUGUGGAUCAAGUUUGUUGGCGAGUGAAACACCGCCACCCAUUGUUUCGCCUCAAAUGCGAAAAGCCCUGCCCAAGGUCAACCUGACGACGAUCUUCUGCAGUUCGGCUCCCAUUGCCAUUGGCUGUCCCGCCUUUAGUUUCGAUCCAGCUGCCUUGAGCCACGCCCAUUCACAGCUGCUGGCACCGGAUGCAAGUGCCACGCCGCCAGUGCAGAAAUCCUUUUCUGCUCCCACAUUGCCACAUGCAGCUUCUUUGUCCGUGUCGCCAAGGUUUGCCAAACAAGCUUUGGCUGCCCAUAAAAGGCGUUCCCGCCAUUUGAGCGAUCGCAGCGAUCGUAGUUCUUUGGGUUCCGAUGAGCAAUUGUCGGAUGAGGAUUUGGAAUCUGGUCUGUGCAGUCCAGCUGGUGGUUCGCCCUUAAAAUGUCGCGCCAGAUUGGCUGCUCAUUUUGGUGGACGUCCUUUGCUGGGAAACCUAGAGGAAUCUCUGCUACAAAGAAGACUUAUGCCUAAGAUCGAGGUGUCGGGCUUCAAGCUGCAGUUGGGUGCCUCCGGAGGAUUCUGUCCCACCCAGCUGACCAUCCCAGCGAUGUCCUACUUUUACGAACUGCAUGGCGAGACGCUGAGCACUCCUUAUUUGUGCGAGAUUCGUCUGCCGCGCAAGGGUUAUUCGGUUCCAAGGACGGGCACGGUGCAGGCCACACUAUUGAAUCCCAUGGGCACUGUGGUUAGGAUGUUUGUGAUACCUUAUGACAUGCGGGACAUGCCCCCGUUGCAUCGCACUUUCAUUCGUCAGCGUAUUUUGGCUGAGGAACUUAGCCAGGAGCAGGAUGCUGGACCUAGGAUGCCCAGGAGUCCAACAGUGACUAGCACUACUAGCAAAUUGGGACAUUUUAUAAGCGCCGAGCAAAUGAAACGGCUGCGAUACUCCAUACAUCUAAGGUUCCAGACAUCUCGCUCCGGACGAUUGUGCCUGCAUACGGACAUCCGCCUGCUGAUCUCACGCCGCACCGAUUGCGAUACGGCGGCGGCACAUGCUAAGGGCGUCUUGGAGGCACCCAAUGAGCUGGUGACGGACACCAUGAUGCCAGCUGAACCGCGCUACAGUGCGCGACAGGAGAGCGCUGGCAGGAUUUAGUAGCUACUGCGAGCCCUGGGCGGCACCUUUGAGCUGCUCUGCCGUCUGUGCAAGCAGCUCCAAGACAAAUGGCAGCAGCGGGAGACAAGGGAUCUCUGGCAGUGGCCCAGAUAUCAAUUGUAGAAACAGAAAGAGCAGGAGAAGGAUGAGGAGCAGGAAGAGGCGGAGGCGGAGGGCAGGAGGCGAAAGAAACUCCUAGGCGUGUGUGUGACAACCAACCAACUGCUUUACUAGUUAACGUUUAAGUUUAGUUUCUUUUUAAAUUCUUCUUUUUUUUUGGUAUUCAACCUCUUGGGAGGUUCUAUUCGUUUAGUUUUGAAUUUUGAAAUACUUGGAAAAUGUGUUUGAAAACAUUGCGAAAGUAAAAAAUGUUGAAAUAUGAAAGCAAUCGAAUUAGUCAGUCAAAAGAGCGAAGCAAAAUCAAUCCGUAUCUGUAUCUGUAACUGCAAUUGUAUCUCAACUAUCUGUAUCUUUUUGGGGUCCACAUUCAAGAAAAGCGAAAGCGGAGCAAUUAGCAAUACUAAAUAAAAACAAGGGAGAAAACUAACGUAUAUAGAAAGGGCAUGCAUGCAGAUAUCACAUACAAUAUAUAUAUAUAUAUUUGAAUAUAUAUUUAUGUACCAUAAUGUAUAACCGUCGAGUAGCGUCAGCAAUUUUAAAAGGCAAUUUGUGAAGGAGUUAGCGAUUUGCAGUAGGUUUUUUGGGGCAAGCAGUGGAUAAUGGUUGAUGUGCGCUCAUAUCGAUCGUUGUUGUUAGUGUGUAGUGAGUUUUUAAUGAUCAAAAAAUUUUAAAAAGAACUAAAGUUUAUGUUGAAUGCAAGUUUGAGAUGAAUUUAACUAUCUAAUUUCGAUUUGAAUUUCGGUUAUGAGAGUGUCUAUUAAGCGUGCCUGUGAUACGAUAUGAGCUGCAUGUGGGGUGUACUUCUAAUAGAGUUUUAUUUUAGUUAAAUACAAUUGAUUGAUCGUUUUUCUUUCCUCGUUUUUACAAACUAUAAUAGUUUCCCUGUUUUGUUUUUUUCAUAUGCAAUAAGUGCUUGGAGAGAUACUUUUGCACACGCCAUGCAAUAUUGAACAAAUACUUCAAGCACAUUAUGCUGUACUUCAAUAAUACCGAGAGAUAAACUAUUACGGAUCUAGAUGUGUUGAAUUUCUAACCAAAAUUCUUAUUUUCCAAUUGAUACCUGACUAUAAACUAUUGUAUAACAAAAAGUACUACACACAGCUAUUAACAAAUUUUCAAUCUAGGUGGUAUGAAAAGAAAAACAACAAAUAAAAACCUUAAAUUUAGAAAUGAAAAGGAGGAAAACUCGAAAAAAAAGAAAAGAAAAUGAAAACCAAGCGAAACAAUAAAGAAAUGUCGAUGGGGAUAUGGAUUAAACCCAUCGAUCGAGAAUCAUACAAUUUACUUUGUUCAAUUUGUUUUAAGUAGAGAGCUUAAUGUGCGCUGUCAAUAGCAAUUAUAUGUGUAACAAUAACACCAAUAUACAAUACAAUGAUUCAAUAAAGGUAAAA